CCUCACCUUUAGAUAAUUGGUAUACAUAUAUUUAAGUAUUUAACCAUAUGUCUCCAAUUCGCUUUUAGGGUUUUCCCACUUUGUACUAUUUUCUCUUCAGCUUCAUAUAAACGCGCACACACACACACACAGUUCUCGUUUGACACAUUAAUUAAGAAUGAAUAUUCAUUUGAAAUAUCAGCUCGGUGAUCGAAGAUCUACAUAAACUAGCUGCUGUUUUCCCAAAAAAGAAUAGGUUUUUCAAGAGAAGAGAGAGAUCCAACUAAGGAGGUACAAAAAUGGUUCUAGCAGCACAGACAUGCGGUGUCAACCUCCGAAGUGGGAAGGAGAGUGACCGUUGGAAGGCCUUGGCCAAGCUUGAUUACAAGGUUGCUAAGCAACCAUGCCGUGACUUACUCAGAGGCUUGGUUUGCUUCAGUGUUUUGAUGAGCUUUGCGAAGUGGGGCAGCUUACUGGGAUCUUUACUAGAGAGAUCGUGUCCUUCCAUCGCCUCACAUUGGAGUUCUUGACCACGUUAGAAGUGGUGAUGAAUAGAAGGGCGAUCGCAUCGAUCAAGUUCCGCCUAAGGAACGAGGAAUAUGAGCUGCCUAUGGGGGAGUUGAAGGCCAUUUAUGGGACUACAACGGAUGAGUUUGACAUGCCUUGGCAGUUCCGGAAUAGCUCAUUUUGGAACGAGAUCACCCUUAAGACUGAUGGGUUCAAGGCCAACCGGGCUAAGAGCUCCAUGAUCCGCAACCCAGUCCUCCGCAUGAUCCAGAAGGCGUGCAUUAGUCACCCUUUUGCCCGAACUGAAAUGGGAAGCAUCCAAAAAGAUGAAUUAUUUCUACUAUGGUGCCUCGUCCAUGGGAGGCGAAUGAACAUGGUCCACUUCAUGGUCAAGAAUGUGGAGAGAGCCUCCAGGAGGACUGUGGGCACCAUUUGCUGUGGAGUUAUAGUGGGUGCAAUCGUGCGCCAUUUGAGGGUCAACACAAGGGGCUUCCAACAGGAUCUUGGGCCCACCCUGCUAGACUUUGAGGCCCUCCGGAGAUCUCAUGACAUUGGAGUGUCGUUGAGUCGCAAAGCCUACUUCCUCCAAAGAGCGAAGGAUCACUUCCCUCUUCCAGACCCUAUUAAUACAUACAUCAGGGGGUCUACUGAUAAGAGGAAUUGGCAGAUGAACUCCCCCGUCCACCAAGCCAUUGUGGCCGCCCACCCGACUGACAGGUUUCAUGAUAUGAGCCCGGACCCGCACGCUCACAUUGAGCAUGCGAAGUUUUCAGAGCAAUUGAUGGUGGAGCAGCAGGAAGACGGAGCGGAAGCUGAGGAAGAGAAUGAGGAGGAGGCCGGAGAAGAUAUCCCACCGUAUGGAGGCGAUGAGGCAGGGACGAGUUCUCAAAGAAGACGAAGCCGCCGAGAGCGCGAAGAGGAGGACUACGCUUCCCUCAAUGAGAGGUUGACAUGGAUGGAGCUUAGGCAGGAGGAAUAUUGGGCCCAGAAUGAUGCGCGGCUGACCCAGUAUGAGACCCGGAAUGAAGCGCGAUGGAACCAGUUCGAGACCAACUGGAACCAAUUCACUGAGUUCAACACUGAACAAUGGGCCAACAUCAAUGCCCGAUUCGAUGAAUUCCGUGGCCAGUGGCAGCAUCCGCCUCCUCCUCCGCAGUGAAGGUCCAUGGGAUAUCCACCCUCUUUCAAACUUAUCCUAGCUUUGCUUGGAAUAAGUUUGGGGGGUGUCUAGUGGAUUCCCUCUACCCUCUUUUAUCUUUCUCUCGUACUGUUUAUUUGAUGAUACCCCGGCCUGUACCCCUAUUCUUUUGGCUAUAUUUGAUGAUGAUA